AUGGCUGAAUUUUCCAGAAGAGGCAAGAGGGCCUUUAAAAUCACUUGUACAAGAGAGCUAGGGGUGGAUUCUGAUGCUACGGAGGAAGAUUUGUUGUCCAAUAAGAAUAUUCAACAAGAAGAGGAUGUUUCUAUAAAGAAAAAGAGAACCAACAAAUAUGUUCUUGCUUGUGCCAUCUUUGCCUCUUUCAAUUCUGUGCUUCUGGGUUGUGAUGUGGGUGCUAUGAGCGGAGCUCUUUCAUUCACUCAGGAAGAUCUAAUGAUAUCAGAUGUACAAGAAGAAGUUCUUGUUGGAAUUUUAAGCAUAAUUUCUCUUUUGGGAAUUUUAGCUGGAGGAAAAACAUCAGAUGCCAUUGGCCGAAAACUAUUGGCUGGGGUGGGGAUAGGCUUUGGGAUCAUGAUUGUGCCAGUGUACAUUGCUGAAAUAUCGCCUUCUGCUAUCAUAGGAUCCCUUCCUCUUUCCUGGGGUUUUCAUCAAUCCAGGAAUACUUAUCGGAUACAUUUCAAACUAUGCACUUUUUCAGUACUGACAAUAGAAUGGAAGAAGCAAGAGUUAUGCUGUCAAAGACAAAUGACAAUGAAAGAAGUGGAGGAAAGAUUGGAUGAGAUACAACAGGCUGCAGGGAUUGCUGAUUCUGAGAAGUACGAACCAAAAGCUGUGUGGCUGAUUUCAGCUCUUUCUGUUGCUUUUGUCCAUGUCUCUGUCCCGGAAGCGAAAGGCAAGUCUAUGGAGCAAAUUGAAAUGUUAUUUCAGAAAAGAGAACGGGAAAUAUGUGAGGUGGAAUUGGGAGAUGUAGAACGAUUAGUGCAGAAAGAGUGGGCUCGGCUUAUGCUUACAAAAGAGUGUGCAAAUGUGAGGGCAUUACAGCUAGGUUCUCCAGCAGUUCCCGAUCUUUUUCGUCCUAUGGGAGGAACUCCAUUGAAAUUAAGGGGAGCAGCAUAG